ACUCGUUGGUAGUUGUCGUCAAAUGGUGGAGAAUAUCCCCUGAUUGCCAAAGAUUUAUCGAUAGAGGUAAUACUAGUAAAACUUCUUUGAUUGAACAAUAUGGCUCCGGUCUCUGCAAUCAAAAUACCAAAGGGACAGAAAAGAUUGGUGUUAGUGGUGUUAGUAUGAGUGAGGAAAUGGACCAAUGGUUGACAUGUUGCAUUUAUAAAA